AUGGCGACUGUGGCUGUGAACGACGCGACCCGAGUGCUGAAUGUACAGAAUCAACCAGAUCUUCGCGAUCCCAACGACGUUCUGGAGAUGGCGACCAACGAUGCCGAAACUCGGCCUCGAAGGCGGGACUCGGCUCGAAGCGGCGAAGAAGACGGUCGCGGUCGGCCCAGCCCCGACCCUUCGGACAAUCAACUGCGGAAGGAGAGUUCUUCCUCAGCUGGGGGUGUAACUCUUGAGGAGGAAGAGGAAGACGCCUACGACAGCUGUUGCAUCUGCUUCGACGGGAAGGAGUACGUCUUGACAUCGUGCUGCCAUCUCUUCUGCCUGCCCUGCAUCACGAGAUGGAUCGAAAUCAGCAAUACCUGCCCCAUCUGCAGAAACGAAUUCGAGACAGGCGUCGAGCUCUACAACCUCAUCGGCACGGUCGAGGACACGAUACGGGCGAUCAAGGAGGUACACAAGCGGAAGCGCGAGCAGGAGGCCAAGCGGAGGGAGCGGGCCUUGGCGCUGCAGGCCGAGAGCGCGGGGUCGGGAUCGUCUGCGGCCACGUGGGGCAUCUUCCACCAGGUGAUGGAUCUCCUCUUCCCGGCGUCGGUCGAUGGGGAGCGCAUGACCAUGUCUGGUCGGAUGGCCCUGAUCGAGCAAGAUGAGGAUCCUGCGACGCUGGCGCCCCACCUCAACCUCACCCGGGUCAACCUCAACGCGCUCGCUAACGGACGCCAGUCGACCCAGAACGUGACGCUCGCCCACACUACCGGUCGCCACAACAACCACCACGGCCACCAUCAGCUCAACGUCGCGCCCUCGUUCCCCUUCCUCUCCUUCUGCUGCCUUCCGCAGCCGUCGCCCUCGGUCGCCAUGUCGCCCGUGUUCGAACGUCUCUCGCGGGGGAACAGGAUCCACUAA